CACAUUCACGGGGGGCGUGUUCGACGGUCACACGACGCAUGUUCGGAGCGGGCACUACCUCGACUACCAAGCUUCCCUACGCUGUGUCUUCCCUCGCGCAAAGCUGGAGCAGGUGGAGACAGUCAUGUCAGCAAGUGAGGGUGAACAGGUCGCGGCGCAGAAUGGAGGUGCCCACGGUGACGGUAGUGGAAACGCGGAUUCACGGGUCGCUGCGCCCAGUAUUGGCAACAGAGUCACUGUCGUGCUUGGAGCUCAGUGGGGCGACGAGGGAAAAGGAAAGGUGGUGGAUUUACUCGCACAGGACGCGGACAUAGUCUGCAGAUGUCAGGGCGGGAACAACGCCGGCCACACAGUCGUGGUGGACUCAGUGGAGUACGACUUCCACCUCCUGCCCAGCGGAAUCAUCAACCCCAAGGUCACCGCCUUCAUCGGUAAUGGUGUCGUCAUUCACCUUCCAGGCCUCUUUGAUGAGGCCGCAAAAAAUGAAAGCAAAGGAAAAGGUCUUCAGGGAUGGGAGAAGAGACUCAUCAUCUCCGACAGGGCACACAUCGUGUUUGACUUCCAUCAAGCAGUGGACGGAGUUCAGGAGCAGCAGAGGCAGCAGCAAGCAGGAAAGAACCUGGGUACGACGAAGAAGGGCAUCGGGCCGGUGUACUCCUCCAAAGCGGCACGCAGCGGCCUCAGGAUAUGCGACCUCAUGAAUGACUUCCAGGACUUCAGCGAGAGGUAUAAGUUGCUGGCCCAGCAGUACAAGUCCAUGUACCCCACGCUGGAGGUGGACAUCGAUGGAGAGCUGGAGAAGCUCAAGACCUAUGCAGAGCGGUUGAGGCCCAUGGUGAGGGAUGGUGUGUACUUCAUGCACGAGGCUCUCCACGGAACACCUCAGAAGAUCCUGGUGGAGGGAGCCAACGCAGCUCUGCUGGACAUUGACUUUGGAACGUAUCCGUUCGUGACCUCGUCCAACUGCACGGUGGGCGGGGUGUGUACGGGUCUGGGCAUGCCCCCCCAGAAUGUGGGCGAGGUGUACGGCGUGGUCAAGGCCUACACCACCCGCGUGGGCAUCGGCGCAUUCCCCACCGAACAGAGCAACGAAACUGGCGAGUUGCUCCAGACCAGGGGUAGGGAGGUGGGCGUGACCACCGGCCGCAAGCGCAGAUGUGGUUGGCUGGACCUGGUGCUCAUCAAAUACGCUCACAUGAUCAACGGCUUCACGGCCUUAGCCCUGACCAAACUAGACAUUUUGGAUGUGCUGUCUGAGAUCAAGGUGGGGGUGGCUUACAAAGUGGACGGAGAAGAAAUCCCCCAUUUCCCAGCCAAUCAGGAGGUGCUCCAGCGGGUUGAGGUGCAGUACGAGACGUUGCCAGGUUGGAACAGCGACACGUCGGCCGCGCGCACCUUCGAGGAGCUCCCUGAGAACGCCCAGAAAUAUGUACAAUACGUGGAGGAGCGCCUGGGAGUGCCUGUGAAAUGGAUCGGUGUGGGCAAAGCUCGGGAGUCCAUGAUCCAGCUCUUCUGAUGUCCCCCUUCUGCUCUGACACCCCCACCCUCCCUCUAGCCCUCACCGAACCCUUGCCCCUCUCGCCUUCUCAUCCUCGCUGUGUGUGCGUGUGCGUGUGCACGUGCGUGUGUGCGUGCAUCUGAGUGCACGUGUGUGCGCGCGCGUGUCUUGUAUGAGUGCAGAGGUGAGCGUUCAUCUCGCCCACCCCCCUCUUCCUCAUUGGAACGCAGUGGACCUUUCUAUAUGGACAUAUAUCUGCAGGAGACGGAGGGACAGACUCACUGCUGGUUCUAAUUUGCUUUUAUUGUUGUUUUAAUGUUUUUGUUUGGUAGAGGACGGAGCAUUUCCUCUCAUCCAUGCCAAUGAAUGUCGCCCACCCUUUCCCCUGGAAACCACACACACACACACACACACACACACACACACACACACACACACACACACACACA